AUGCAUGUGCGCUCCCCAAUAUGUGAGGGAGGCAUCUGUUUCCAGAGUCAUAGCCGUGGCGAGUUGGAGCCAUGCAAAACUCGAAGGGGACCACCCUGCACUCGACUACUUGGCCCAGCUGGGCGAAUCGAGGGAGUCGCUGCGGGUGCUGGUGCCAGGGGGAUGGAGAUUGCAGGGGAAUCUUGUAACCGUGUAUCGCCAUCUGGAGAGUCCAAGGAUCGGUCAUGCUCUGCCUUCAAACCAGAAUACACCGACACAAUCAGUGCAACAGAUGUGUGGGUUUGGCGGUUCCACAUCAGGGGUGAUCUCUCCUCUGUCGAGAACAACUCCACGUCUUUCAGUUCCAGUGUCAAGCAAAAAGUAACUCCGGACCCCCCGAGGGGUUAUGAUGAUUUAUUACGUGAGGAAUGCGUAUUGAUCCGACCACCCACAACUCCAAGACCGUCACCUCCACCGGAUGUAGUCGAACAAAAACACGUAGUGGGUGAUGGUCAUUUAACAAAAGAAGAAGCUAAACAAUGGAUUUUAUGUUUAGCGUACGAUGACAGGUAUCCAGAACAUGUUCUAAAACAUCUGAAAGUCAAUUAUGUGUCUACAUCUUACUCCAAGUUACACUACAAGCUAUAUUUAUUUUGUGAAGUACGGAUUGUCAGAUGGAGGCGCUCUCCGCACCGAGGUGGACCCGUGGACGAUGGUAGCAAUGGUCAAGUACCGUUACCAUGGGAAAUCCCCGUGCGUCCUGUUAAGGAAUUCACAGAGCACACCAAGACCGUCUACGUGCCCCAUUCUGCGUUAGUACGUGCGUGUGAAUAUUGUGUCGGUAAAGGCAACGAGAAUCUAGGUUAUGAAACUAUCCGUACGGCCAGUCCUGUUCUUUCGAUAGACGAAGAUAACAUUAAAACAACUGCGAAGAGAUUUGCUGACAGGCACUUGAUUGAUUAUCACAAUGAACGAGUCUUGCAACAGAGGGUACGAGUGGCUCCCGUAUUUGACGUUGAAUGGACUUACAGGAACAAAAAGGGAAAUGUAUGGUUGUAUGGAGAUUUUCUGAAAGCCGAAUCAACUGACCUAUCUAGUAUAAAAUCACGGUCUUCGUCGGCACGGAAAACUCCCCAAGGACGACUAAAAGGAUUAUUGCUAUUCUUUUCCAUUUCCCUUCUACCAAAGUUCAGAGUUGAGCAUCCGUCGUUUGCUUCGAAUUUGCAAAGUAACAAUCUUACAAUCUUCGGCAUGGACGUACAAACCAAGAUGAAAAUGGCACUACUACCCAGGUAUUAUAUACUAAUGUCGAUUUACCUUACACUAAUGUGUUAUUUACAUUCAAAAUAUAUGCUUGCCUCUGGACCGAAACAAAACCAUAAGAGCGAAUGGAUCAUUAAAAAGAUUGCGGGUCGUGAUGAAAACACCAAUGCAUCAAACACUGCACAUGAAAGUGAAACUGAUGAUGCAAUAACAAAUGUGGUGAACAUUACAGAGAGUACACGUGGCAAAGGAGAGAAUUUAGUUGUGCUGUUAGAUUCUGUUGACUCCGAUUUUGUCCAAGUAACUUGUAAAUCUGUCACAUCGAAUAGGGUAGCUGAAUAUACGAAUUUGCUUGCACAUGUACAUCCAAGAAAUUCCUUUAAACGCAACUUUCAUCGUGUUCCGUCUAGUCUGUCGAAGACCAACGUUGUCAUGCUAGGAUUUGAUUCAACCUCGUCGAUGAGCGUUUUGCGGCUGCUUCCAAAAUCAUACUCAUUUUUAAUAAACACUAUGAAAUCGUUCGUAUUGCAUAAAUAUAACAUUCUUGGUGAUGGCACAGUAUCUGCCUUUUUUCCAUGGUUACUGGGAAAACCGUAUACUGGAAAAGAUGAAAUUUGUGAUAUGUCUGACACAUUAGACAAUUGUCCAUUUAUUUGGAAUAGGUUUAACAGCAGCGGAUAUGUCACGAUGUAUGCCGAAGAUUCACCAACUAUAAAUGUUUUCUCUCACUACUUUAAAGGAUUCAGGGAUCAGCCAACCAGCCAUUACAUGCAACCAUUUUGGUUAAAAACAUCGUCUGUUUCAUUCUGUAUUGGUAAUAAACCACAACACCAAAUAUUAUUCGAUUAUUUGCACAAUUUCCAAAACACCUACAAAAAUGUACCCCAUUUUGCUUUCACUUUCCUCAACAAAAUAUCACAUGAUAGUAUAAGUACGCUCCAGUGGGCUGAUGACGAUUUACUCGCCUAUCUAACAGCAGUAUAUUAUAAAGGAUUAUUCGAUAAUACCAUUUUUAUCCUCAUGUCUGAUCACGGAUCACGGUUUUCGUCGGUACGGAAAACUCCUCAAGGACGACAAGAAGAACUAUUGCCAUUCUUUUCCAUUUUCCUUCCGCCAAAACUCAGAGUUGAGCAUCCGUCGCGAGGCAUUAGUCUAUUCGAUACAAUCCCUCAUAACCGAAGCUGCCGUGAUGCUGGUAUUCCACCACAUUAUUGUUCCUGCUUACCAUGGCAACCAGCUACAAAAGAUGAGAUGGAAAGUAUGAAGGUCCUAAUGAUACAAGUUCUAAACAGCGGAAGUAUCAAGUAUCGACAUCUCUGUGAUGAGCUGAAACUUCAUAAAAUGCAUUCUGCCAAUACGUCAAUGUUUACUAAGCAGGAUUCCGAUAAAGACACGCACAGUAAUGGAAUAAAAAAGAACAGAAUUAAGCUUUAUCGAAGCGUUAUUGAAACCGUUCCUGGGCAUGGUAUAUACGACAUUACCGUUCCUGUAGGGAUUGAUGUGAAAAACAUAGAUCCUAGUUAUCCUCUGGUUGGAAUAAGCACUCUUCAUCAGCAUGGACGUACAA